AUGAGCGAUUCCGGGGUCCAGAGACCUGCUCGUGCCGCACAGGGCUACGCUUCUGAUACUUUCAAGGAAGUGAAGGAAUUCAAGCCGGGCGACUACGUCGUGUACAAGAGUCCUUCCUCCGAUCAAUACUACUUGUAUGAUCCCUAUCCCGGGGUAGGACCAGCCGGUCCUGCAAACGGUGGAGCAUCUGCAGGUCAAGGGUAUAGUUCUGGAGGAUCCACUGCGGAGAAAGGAAACAGUGUCGGUGGAGCAACUGCAGAUCAAGGGUACAAUAUUGGAGGAUCUGCUGCAGAGAAAACGGGCGAUGACGGUGGAGCAACUGCAGGUCAAGGGUACAGUGUUGGAGGACCCACUGAGAAGAAAGCGGACGGUGUCGGUGGAGCAGCUCCAAGUCCAGGGUACAGUAUUGGAGGAGUUGCUGCCCAGAAAGGGGACCGUCUUGGUGAACCUACUCCAAGUCAAGGUUACAGUCUUGGAGGAUCUUCUGCAACUCAAGGGUACAAUUUUGGAGGAUCUUCUCCAACUCAAGGGUACAGUCUUGGAGGUUCUUCUCCAACUCAAGGGUACAGUCUUGGAGGAUCUGCCGCACAGCCAGCGGACGAUGUUGAUGAAUCUGCUGGAAAUCAAGGGUACGGUCUAGGCGUAUCCACUGCGGAUAAAGAAGACGAAGUCGACGGACCCACCGAAGAGGACGAUGCCGAUGCCGGUAACAAUGGAUCUGGUGGGGGUCAAGGGUACGGGCUUGGCGGAUCCGCUGCUGAUCUAAAUACGCCCUUACCCGAUUCCGGCGGAUCUGAUGCGGUCGAAGAUUCGGCUAAGGAUGAUGCAGCUGAGGGUAAAGAAUCCUCAUCGUACGAUUUUGGAGGAUUAGCACUGGGAGGACUUUCCUCGUCUGGUGUGGAGGGGUCGGAUGGCUUAUCCUCGUUUGACUUCAAUGGACUCGACUUGGACCAAGGGUACUACACGCUCGGAGACUCGGACCUGGGGGAAGGAUUCUCCUCUUCCGGACUGGGGAUAUCUGGUGCAGGUCUAGACGCUUCUCUGGGAUCCUACCAGGGCGCAGGAUAUUCACAAUUCGGAACCGAUGAAACGAAGUCGUAUGAGUUCGGCUCCGCGGAGAUAAGCGAUGACGAUGAUAAAACUCCUUCCGUGCCGAACGGAUCCACAUACGUGAUCCAGAGUACGACAAAGGACAUACCAUCACCUCCAAAAAUUGAAUAUGGUGGAUUCACACCUAUGACUCCUUCUUCUUCUUAUCAACCGCCAGCAGCUCCGUCGAACCCGAACCCUCCGGUGCCGGAUUAUGCUCAACCCCAGAAAGACGCUCCAUCAGACAGCAAUGGAAGCCCCACAGACUUCCAGCCUGCAACGCCUCCGGUGUCACAAAAUGUUCCGUCUUAUGGUGUUCAGGUUGAAAUACCUAAAUUCACCUACCAACUUCCGCUCGAGAGCAAACCCGAACCGAAGAAUACUUAUGGAGCUCCUCCAGAACUGCCAACUAUCAGCUACAGCCCACCCAAACAAAGUUACGGUCCACCUCCCGGGCCUCCAUCAAACGGCUAUGGUCCUCCCCCUGCGCCACCCAAACCAAGUUAUGGUCCUCCUCCCGGGCCUCCAUCAAACGGCUAUGGUCCUCCCCCUGCGCCGCCCAAACCAAGUUAUGGUCCUCCCCCCAGGCCUCCAUCAAACGGCUAUGGUCCUCCCCCUGCGCCACCCAAACCAAGUUAUGGCCCUCCUCCUGAACCUCCUGCAAGCAGUUAUGGCCCUCCUCCAGAACCACCCAAACCGAGUUAUGGUCCUCCACCUCCAGAACGACCCACGAAUGGCUACGGCCCACCGAUCGAGGCACCAUUGUCGCCCUAUGGGCUCCCAAGGGUUCCCAAGAAUGGAGGGUCUCAAUCCAUUCCUGCAUAUAGUCUACCAGACUCCAGCUCGAGUGGCAUAGGUGGAACUUACGGAGUCCCCAGCAAGUUGCUUCCAGACGAAGUUGAAGACUCUGGAAGUGGAAGUGGAAGUGGAGGUGGGUCGUCCUCUGGGUACGGAGCUCCUCUUCAGCCUUCUCCCUCGAACGGCGAGCAGCCAUCCGGAUACGGAGCCCUGCCGCCGCUUCCUGUAGCGACUUACGGUCCCCCUAAGCCCCAGCCCCCUGCUCCCGAACCACCAAAACCACCGAAGGAACCUCCAAAGGAGGAACCAAAGGAAGAACCCCCAAAACCUCAACCGUACGGCCAGGUUCACAUUCGACACGAGCAUGCAGGUCCGGAAUUUCUCUACGAUCGUCGACCCAAGCAACCAAACGACAUCAAAGAGGGGAAACAAGACUUCCUACAUCUAACAAAGGUACUCUUGCAGCAACCAUACCACGGAAUCCGAAAGCCACCCCCACCACCUCCGGCCGCACCACCACCACCACCACCACCACCACCUCCACCUCCGCCAGAAAAACCAAAGGAAACACCCAAGGGCUAUGGAAGCGCAUUACCCGCACCCGCGCCCAGCAAUUCGUAUGGCCCACCACCCGCGAAUUCAUAUGGCCCACCACCUUCACCACCCGCAAAUUCAUAUGGCCCACCACCCGUGAAUUCGUAUGGCCCACCACCCUCACCACCCGUGAAUUCGUAUGGCCCACCACCCUCACCACCAGUGAAUUCGUAUGGCCCACCACCUUCACCACCCGUGAAUUCGUAUGGCCCACCACCUGCCCCCAAACCGGAUAAUGGCUACGGGCCUCCGAAGCCUGGUAACGGUGAAGGUGGGGAAGAAGAAAAUGGAGAAGAUGACGAGGAAGAUAAUGGGAAUGGGAAUGGGAAGGAGAAUGGGAAAGGGAAAGAGAAUGGAAACGGGAAAGAGAAUGGGAAUGGGAAUGGGAAGAAGAAUGGGAACGGAAAGAAGAAAGGGAAUGGAAAGUUCUUGAAACCCCUGGUCCUCAACGGAAACUCUGGGCUCGGCACCUACAGCUUCCCAGAUCAAUCCUCCCAAGGCCUCGGGUACGGAGGCCUCGGCGGAUACGGUCUCUCUUCCAGCAGCAGCGGCCAGGACUUGGGAGAUUUGGCUUCCUCGUCGCAAGGAAUCGGCAGCUCUUCCUCUUCUUCGGGAGGGUCUCCCCCGAGCAAAUUGGCCAGCCUCAAAAGCUUUUUCAAAGCACUCUUCGGCAAGCAGAGGAAACGUCGAUCCGCGAACUUCAAACCGGUCCGAUCUCUUCGACGACAUUGA